AUGAUGCAUAUCAUUGCAUUCCAAGAAGAAAAACUUAUAUUGAUCAUACCGUUGAACACUUGGUCUCAUGCCUCUAUGUCUCCACAUCUAGAAUACAUGUCGUUGAGGCCUAUCCGGAGAGAAGAAUCAUUUGUAACAACAUCCUUUCAGUUUCUUAACGAUAUACACAUGAAGCCAUCUUCCAAUAUCGAUGCCUCCAAGAUGUGCACAAGCAUAACACCAAGCAUGGACUAUAAACCUUAUGCUGCUUUUACAUACAUGGACUAUGAAGUACUAAACCACCAUAUUCUGUUAGGAUUAGUUGAUAAUAACACGCAAAGCAUGAGAGAUCUCUGGUGGGAUGAAGAUACUGAGAGCAAAGCAUAUUGGACAUCUUGGAUUGAUACAGAUUUAACCGACGAUGAUGAAAAUCUUGGAGAUCCUCUUUACAAAAUUCUAGAAGUGAUCAAGGAAAAUCUGGGUGAUGCCAAACGUUUUUUCAUCUUCUCGUCUUCACAUGAUUCUUUGGUUGCCAAUCUCAACAUGAUAAUACCUUCAGCGACCUUGGCUCACGGCUCCAAGUGUCCUUCCGUCCAUGGCUUUGUCGGUUGUCUUGACACGACAUUAACCAUAGUGUCUCCUCCUCCUUACCAUCCUCAUGAUCCUGGUUUUCUAGUGCACGAGGUUGCAACAAUAAAGGGAGACAAAGAAUCUUCUUGGCGACGCAAUCAAAUUACCUCUUCUUCUUAUUACCAUGUAACUUCGGGACUAUGUAUCAGUGGUGUUGUGUAUUAUGCUGGUUGGGCCCCAACACAGAGAGCCAAUCCGCUGAUUGUGUGUGUUCAUAUUAGAUCUGAGAGGCUAAGUUUGAUCCAAGCGCCUAGGGAUGCUGUGGUGUACAAGGGUCAUUCAGUAUUGAUAGAAUACAAAGGCAAGUUAGCUUCCAUUGUGAGAAACCCUCGUGGAUAUUCACCAGUUUUGAUUUAUGGAUACUAG